AUACCAGUAAAUAUGUAAACUCAUCAGAUCUUUCAAAUUCAAACUCAAACAUAAAAUACAUUUGCAAAGUUUAGAGUGCGUUUAGUAGUUUAAAAUAUUCGUUUUAGUAAUUAUUUGCGAAUUUUUUAAUAAUGGCAGCUACUGCAGUAGCUGUUCCCCGAAAUAUAGUACACGAUGAGGAAUCUGAAGAGGAUAAAGAACUUCAAGCUGAACUGAAACUCCUUGUUGAUAAGAUAUCAGGUAAUGACUUGUUAGUAAUACCUGCAUCUAUAGACAUGAUGAAAUUUUUGAUAAAAACUUCUACUACUUCCAUGACUUCAGUUCCAAAACCUCUUAAGUAUUUGGCUCCUAACUAUGAAUUGCUCAAAAUGACCCAUCAGAGAAUUUCAAACCCACAGAUAAAAAAGAGUCUUGCUGACAUCAUAUCUGUGUUAGCCAUGGGAACUGCAGGUGGAGAGGAAGCUAAGAAUAAUAGAGAUUGCUUGAAAUACUGUCUUCAAGGUACUAUGGAAAAAAUCGGCGAUUGGGGACACGAAUAUAUCCGCCAAUUGGAAAAAGAAAUUGUCCAGCAAUGGACUUUUAACUGUGAAAAGAGCUGCAAAUCGAUGAUGCCUCUUAUCCACGAUAUAAUGACCUUUAAUAGUACCCAUAAUGCGGAGAUCCAAGGCUGUGAUCUUCUGACUGAAAUCGAUCUUUUACACAUUCUUCCGAAGUAUAUGGAUAAGAGUAAUUACAAAAGAAUAUGCCUAUAUCUUUCACAAUGUGCUAAAUAUGCUGAUGAUGUCGAAAGGUGUAAGAUUAUGAAGCUGGUGUAUGAACAAUAUAUGGCUUUUGGAGAGCACUCCAAGGCUAUUAUCGCAGCGAUUCAAAUAAACAAAUCUGAUUUAGUGAACAAGGUUUUCGUCGAAUGCCAAGAUAAAGUAACUUUAUGCCAACUGGCCUUUAUCUGUUCCCGUCAAUGCUACAAUGUGGAUCUCGAUCCCAAGUGUAAAUAUUACGAUGAGCUGAUUGAAAUAUUAGGUAACAGUCACCUGAAUACCUAUUUUCUCAGUCUGGCUAGAGAGUUAGAUAUUAUGGAGCCAAAGUCACCCGAUGAUGUCUACAAAACUUGGCUGGAACCCGUACCUCCCCGUUUUGUAUUACUAGGCGAAAGUUUAGACAGCGCUAGAAAAAAUUUGGCUUCCUCUUUCGUUAAUGGUUUCGUCAACGCUGGUUUUGGUAGUGAUAAGCUUAUUACAAUCGAUGGUGGAAAUAAGUGGAUCUACCGGAAUAAAGAUCGCGCAAUGAUCAGUGCUACGGCUUCAUUGGGUUUACUUCAUUUAUGGGACGUAGACGGUGGACUGACCCCCAUCGACAAAUAUCUUUAUUCAACCGACGAGAAUAUUAAAGCUGGAGCUCUAUUGGCUCUCGGUAUAGUUAACUGCAGAGUUAAAAAUGAGUGUGAUCCCGCUUUGGCUCUGUUGGGAGAUUACGUGAAUUCUGAUAAUGGAACCUUGCAAUGUUUAGCUUUGAUUGGUAUAGCUUUGGCCUAUGCAGGUACACACAGAGAAGAUAUUAUCGAAAUGUUACUCCCCUUGGUAAGUUCGAUCAAGUGUGUGGAAGCCUUAAGCGCAGCUUGUCUAGCUUUAGGAUUUAUUUCAAUAGGCAAAUCAAACAACGCCAUACCGUCGACUAUUAUUAACAGAAUCAUAGAAAUGAAUAAAGAGGAUUCGUUUAAAACGUGUCACAUGAGAAUGGUCGGUUUGGGUUUGGCUUUGUGUUAUUUCGGAGCUCGAGACGAGAUAGAGGUAUCCACUGAGGCUUUGAAUAUAUUGGAAGAACCGUUCAGAUCUACUUUGCAGACUAUUUUAUUGAUGUGUGCGUAUGCGGGCACAGGAGACGUACUGAUUAUUCAAGAGCUGUUGCAUUUAGUAGGGGAGAAGGGUGACAGUCCUAAAAAUGAGAAUGCAGCUUCUAACGAGAAAAAAGAUAAAAAAGAUAAAUGGAGUACUAGUAAGACGAAAGGAUCGAAACCGAAAGAAUGGGAUUAUUCGAUUAGCCAGGCUAUGGCUUGCCUCGCAGUAGCAGCUGUUGGCGCGGGAGAGAGCAUAGGAGUUGAAAUGGUUCAUCGAAUCUUUGGCCAAUUUGCUAGAUACGGAGAAUCUACAGUGCGAGCGGCAGUCCCGUUGGCGAUGGCUCUGUCAUCAGUCUCCAAUCCCCAAUUAAACAUCAUUGACGUUCUCACGAAGUACUCGCACGACUCAGACGAAGACGUCGCUGUCAAUGCCAUUUUCGGAUUGGGAAUCAUCGGUGCAGGAACAAACCAUGCUCGUUUGGCUGCUACUCUAAGACAACUAGCUGCUUACCACCACAAACGUCCCUCUGAGUUAUUUAUGGUUCGCGUAGCUCAGGGGUUGGUGCAUAUGGGUAAAGGAACUUUGACUUUGGAUCCUCUUCAUACCGAUAGAAUGUUGGUGGAUCCUGUAGCAAUGGCAGGUCUUUUGUCUGUGAUGAUAGCUUUGCUCGAUCCCCAGAGCCUGGUAUCCCGUUCCUCCUACUACAUAUAUUUCCUGUCGGCUGCCAUUCAACCGAGAUGGCUGUUAACGCUGGACGAAGAUCUGAGAACAGUGCCAGUGAGUGUCCGUGUUGGUCAAGCUGUGGAUGUGGUAGGAAAAGCUGGCACUCCCAAAACUAUAGCUGGUAUACACACUCACACCACGCCAGUAUUGUUGGCUACUGCCGAACGGGCGGAGUUGGCAACUGAGGACUAUCAAAUUGUUGCUCCAACGUUGGACGGUAUUUGCGUUUUGAGAAAAAUUGAAAAAGCUUGACCUGAAUUAUACAUGAGUUGAAAUUCACACAAAAUUAUUAAACCGCUAUAAUAAUUAAUGCUAUAUUUCAUUUUCUUUUUUAUUAAAUUUAAAAGAACAAAGCGAUCUUUAUUGAUUGAGUACAUCAUUAUUAAAUAACGAAGGUGUUUUUAAACUUGAAAAUCAUUUCUACUGGGUAUCAGUCAUUCUGAAUUUUCUGUUACAAUUUCUGAUUCGUUUUCCACAUUUCUAAUAGUCUCUAGUUGAGUGUAUAGCAUUGUAUAUAUACAUUUUAGUCGGUUUUCUUUCUUGCUAUAGAAAAGUUUCUCAGUUGGAAAUGUAGCUUUCGGACUUGAUUUUAAAGAUGGAUCUUACUAAUCAUUCCUAUUACUUAUCACUAGAAAAAAUUAACAUUCAUUUAAACAAUUUUAAACUUCUAAACUUUUAAUCUAAAAUUUUUAAUCAACAAAAAGGGAAAUGGAAUAAAUAGAGUAGUUAUUAUGAGUGGUGCGAUAAUUUUGAAGAAGAGUAACUCCGUUCUGUUCCAUAAAUAGUUAUUUUAUAUGUAUUAUUAGCGAUAAUAUUUUUCUAUAUACUUCUGAAGACUGUUUUAAUAAAAUUUAUAGUUUCU